AUGAACGAGGAAUUCCCAGUAAGCGCGAGUCAUAAGCUCGCGUUGAUUACGUCCCUGCCCUUUGUACACACCGCCCGUCGCUACUACCGAUUGAAUGAUUUAGUGAGGUCUUCGGACCGGCGGGCUCGAUGGGCAUGGCCAUUCAAAACUAGAAGCAGUAGGAGAGAGAGAGGUUGUAUACCGCCGCCCGGAGGGGGCAGGGCGGCGGGACGGGGCUGCGGCUCCCGCUCCUACCGGGGAGGGCCAGUGCCAGCGCCGUGCUCCUUGCGCGCGGGGGCCCGGCCGGCACUCCCGGUAGGCUCGGGGCCGCUCAGAGCCCCGCCGACACAUGAGCAUCGACAUUUCGAACGCACAUUGCGGCCCUGGGCUAGAACCAAGGGCCACCCCUGUCUGAGGGUCGUCUUCAAAAGAGGCAACGACAUUUGUCUCGACCACGUCUGGCCCGGUCAGGCGCCGGCUAACCCCGCGCAGCGGGGGGUGAUCCGGCGCCCCGGGCCGAGGUGGGGGCUCCCGGCGGGGCCGGCACAGCGCCGCGCCCUACAGCCGGGUCCCCUCAAAAAGGAUGGACUCCGCCGGGCGAGAGCCCGGCCGGAGCAGGCAGUGCUCGGCUCUCGGCCGCGAGGCUCGCCGCCCGCUCCCCCCCUUCGCGCCGCUAUCUCUCCCCGUAAGCAGGGGAAGGACGGAGCGUCGGCGGUCGGAAGCGAGGCGGCGGGUGCCCGCCAGGUCGCAGGGGCCCCCUCCCGACGGGAGGGCGGCCCCGCCCGCACCCUCUAG